CCCAACGCAUCGCUUUUGCUGCCUCGCUUGCGGUUGAACCACCGGGAGAAGAGAUAGCGCUUCUGCCUUCUUCUUUUGGGGUUGGUAGAGAUGGAUGGGAUUGCUCUCGGAACCCCUCCGAGAUUUAGGGUUGCGAGCCCGUGCUUCUCGUCCUCCAGAUUUCGGAGACGCCUACUGUCUCUGGAUCCUGCUCCGGGGGUCCCGAUGGAUCGCCCGCGGAGACCGUGUGUUCUCCGCUGCACCACGGCUGAAGAAGCGUCUGAGACAGAAGAAGAAUGUGACCCUCCAACUUCUGGCGGGCAGAAAAUUGCAAAUUCUGUUGAGAUCAAGGAGUGGCAAAAUGGAAAUGUAGUUGACAAUGCAGCUUCAAGGCAGGGUAUACAAAUCCGGAGGCGGCCACUAACUGGACCUCCUAAGCACUAUGUAGGACCAUUUGAGUUCCGGUUGGAAAAUGAAGGAAAUACCCCAAGGAACAUCCUAGAGAAAAUAAUAUGGGACAAGGACAUGGAAGUUUCACAGUUAAAAGAGAGGAGACCUUUGACCACAUUGAAGAAAGUUCUCGAGGAUGCUCCACCUGUUAGAGAUUUUGUUGGAGCACUAAAAGCAUCAGUUAAAAAUACUGGCAUGCCUGCUUUGAUAGCAGAGGUAAAAAAGGCUUCUCCAAGCAGAGGCGUGUUGCGGGAGAAUUUUGAUCCAGUAAAAAUUGCCAGUGCAUAUGAGAAAUUUGGAGCAACUUGCAUAAGUGUGCUGACUGAUGAAAAAUACUUUCAGGGAAGCUUUGAGAAUCUAGAGGCCAUACGCAGAGCUGGAGUUAAGUGCCCUUUACUGUGUAAAGAGUUCAUUAUUGAUGCCUGGCAAAUUUACUAUGCUCGGUCAAAAGGAGCGGAUGCGAUCCUGCUAAUUGCUGCUGUUUUACCUGAUCUUGAUAUCAAAUAUUUGACUAAAAUCUGUAGGUUGCUUGGCCUAGCGACAUUGGUUGAGGUGCACAAUGAGAGGGAAAUGGAUCGAGUAUUGAGCAUAGAGGGUAUACAGCUCAUUGGAAUCAAUAACCGUGAUCUUGAAACAUUUCAAGUUGAUAUUUCAAACACAAAAAGACUUUUGGAGGGAGAGCGUGGGGAGCUUAUUCGUCAGAGGGACAUCAUUAACCUGGUUUUUCAGGUGGUAGGGGAAUCUGGCUUAUUCACUCCUGAAGAUAUUUCUUAUGUUCAAGAUGCUGGAGUUAAAGCUGUACUGGUUGGUGAAUCUCUUAUCAAGCAGGAUGAUCCAGGCAAAGCAAUAUCAGGAUUGUUUGGUAAAGACAUAUCCAAAUGAUUUCCAUCCUACUUGGGCAGCCUGUUUUGUCAGAGAAAUUAUUCAGCUCCAACUUUCAAGAACAGGAUGGUGUUUCUCUGUUGUGCUGUAAUCGGUGGACCCCUCAAAGAAUCUAAACUGCCUGGUGUUUUCUUCUCCAAUGUUUUUUUUUUCUUUUUGUGAGAAUUUAAGAUAUCUACCUACAAGUUGUCCUGCAGAAGAAUAUACAUUUGCCCAACAGAAAUCAGAUAAUAUUUUCAGUAUUUAAAUUUGGAUAUUGUUAAUGAAAAUGUUCUUAUGGUUGGAUAAA